AUGUCUCUUGUUUCUGGGCCCGGGCGUGCUGCCACCACGGCCAUGCCCGACAACACGCUUCUCUUCGUCGACAAGCACGUCCGCUACAUCCAGAGCCUCGAUACUCGCAAAGACGAGCUCGAGUACUGGCUCACCGAGCACUUGCGCCUCAACGGCCUCUACUGGGGGCUGACGGCCCUGCACCUCCUCGGCCAUCCCCAUGCCCUUCCUAGGGCUGGCAUUCUGGACUUUGUAUUCUCCUGCUUGCACCCUGACGGCGGCUUUGGUGCUGCCCCCGGCCACGAUGCACACAUGCUCUACACUGUGAGUGCCGUCCAGAUACUCGCUACGCUAGACGCUUUUGCCGAGCUUGACGAGCGCAUCCCCGGCGGCCGCCACAAGGUUGGACAGUUCAUUGCAAACUUGCAGGAUCCCCAAACAGGCACAUUUGCAGGUGACGAGUGGGGCGAGCAAGAUACUCGCUUCCUAUACGGUGCACUGAAUGCCCUCUCGCUCAUGGGACUGCUCAAUCUGGUCGAUGUUGCAAAAGCGGCUCAAUACGUGCAUUCGUGCGCCAACUUUGAUGGCGGCUACGGAACCAGCCCUGGCGCCGAGUCGCACGCUGGGCAGGUGUUCACGUGUGUUGGCGCACUGACCAUCGCUGGUCGACUCGACCUUGUCAACCACCAAAAGCUUGCCGCAUGGCUGAGCGAGCGACAGCUCAAAAAUGGUGGCCUAAACGGGCGGCCAGAGAAGAAGGAAGAUGUUUGCUACAGCUGGUGGGUCAUGAGCAGCAUGGCCAUGCUGGACAAGCUGCACUGGAUAGACGGCACCAAGUUGACGCAAUUCAUCUUGCAGUGCCAGGACCCGGAACUAGGUGGCCUCGCAGACCGCCCAGGCGACAUGGUCGAUGUCUUCCAUACCGUCUUCGGCAUUGCUGGUCUAAGUCUUCUCAAGUACCCAGGCCUUGAAGAGGUAGAUCCCGUCUACUGCAUGCCUCGAUCUGUGACUCGUAGGUGCUUAGGUAAGUGA